AUCCAGAUGGGCUUUAAGAUUUUUAAUUUUGAAAUAUGAUUGAUUUUUGCGUUUGUGUGUACCUAUAUAUUAUCGGUCCCAGGCCGCCGCAGGUAGACAAAAUAUUCGUCAUAGUAAUUAGUGCAUAAAUUAAGUUCCCUCGAUUCCGUUCUAAAGACUGGCACGAAUGUGAAAUAGAGAGCUCUAAUACCUUAGUGGGAAUUAAUCACAGAAUUCUAGUGAAAAAGGUUAGCCAAAAAAAUUGAACCAUAAAUUUCUUGUGGAUCCUUAAUAUGUCCAGUAUCUGAAUCCAGAUUCGACAGGUGUCUUGAGAAUUCCUUAACAAUGAAGAAAUCCAGCGUGUUUGUACUUUCCUUGGUGUUUUUGGUCAAUGUUUUUAGACGACUACAUUCGUACGAGUGUCCCGAGUACAUGCGCCGCCGAUACGACUUUAUUGUAGUCGGAUCUGGAUCUGCCGGCACCGUUCUCGCCGCGCGACUCUCGGAAAAUCCGGACCACCGCGUUCUCCUGGUGGAGGCCGGGGAGUCUGACAGGGAGAGGAAGGAAACUCCUUAUAUGGACAUCCCAGCUCUCUACCCCCUGCUGGUCAAUUCUAGUGUGGACUGGGGUUAUUACAGCGUACCACAGAAACACGCGGGAUAUGCCUACAAUAACAGGCAAUUUCCUCUCCCUCAAGGAAAAGUAAGUGGAGGGACAUUCAGUAUCAACAAAAUGAUUUAUCAGCGAGGAAGUCGUCAUAUCUAUGAUUAUUGGGCAUCAUCCGGGGCUUCAGGCUGGAGCUUCCGGGAAAUUCUGAAGUACUUCCGGCGGUCCGAGGAUAUCGCGGUUCCUGAGCUAGCUAGAUCAACAUACCACGAGAGAUGUGGAAACCUUCGUGUUUCCCGAUUACCCCCAAGUCCCUUCCUUAACACUUAUCUGAAUGCCGCCAACACCAUAGGAUACAAAACCAUCAACUGCAACGAGGGAGCAGAUAUUGGUGUAUGCAGGAUACACACGAACAUUAAGUUUGGUGAGCGAUGGAAUACAUUGAAGGGAUUCAUCAGACCUGCUCUGGGGAGAAGGAAUCUUGAUAUGGUCACAGAUGCUCAUGUCUCAAAGGUAUUGAUUUCUGACAGAAGAGCUAAAGGAAUAGAGUUCAUCCACCGAGGAAUUUCCUUCAGUGUACAGACAGAUAAGGAAGUGAUCCUAGCGGCCGGAACUUAUGGAUCACCGGCAAUACUGAUCCGUUCCGGUAUCGGAUCCACUUCAGUGAUCAAUAUGUUACAGGUACCACCCAUCUCUUUGGUACCAGUCGGGGAAUCUCUUCAAGACCAUCCUACGGUCAGUCUUAGAGUUCUUGUUCAGCAACCAACCAUCAAGCCACACGCUAUAGCUGAUCAGGUGAAGAACAACCAGUAUCUGUUUCAGAGAACAGGAAUGCUAGCAGAACUUCGUGGAACUGAGGCUCUUUUGACCUUCCAAUCUGACCCGACCUCUAUCAUCGCUUAUCCCGACCUUCAGAUAACCUUUACAAGUUCCCUAGGUGACCAUGACCCAAUGAUUGACUAUGUAGGAAAUAAAAAUGUCUCUUUUAUAAAAUCUUGGUACUCCUUGGCGAGGGGCAGAGAUGGAAUAACCCUCAACAUCAAACUGUUGCACCCUUCCAGUAGGGGGACUUUAACAUUGAAUAGUUUGGACCCCAAGGUUCCCCCCGUCAUCGACCCGGCCUAUUUAUCAUCUCCUGGUGAUAUCAGAGUGUUAAUAAAAGGAAUCAGGAAAGCCCAGGCACUGAUACAAACGCCCGAGUUUCAGGAAAUGAAAGCUUCUUUAGGUCCUUCGUUUUCGGGUUGUCUACAUCAUGCACGUAACUCUGAUGCCUACUGGGAUUGUUAUAUACGUCACUUCAUGGAACCAGGACACAACGCUGUCUCAACAAAUAAAAUGGGUUCCGUCAACGACGGUUCAACAGUUGUUGGUCCAGAUUUAAAAGUAAAGGGCGUAAGUGGUCUACGUGUUGCUGACGCAUCCGUUAUACCAGAAAUAACAGACUAUACAAACGCAGCGACGAUCAUGAUAGCAGAGAAAGCUGCCGACCUGAUCAAAAGUGAUAUUAACCAGCCACUGUAGAAUCAAAAGUGAUAUCAAUUAGUACUAGUUAGUGACAACAAAAGGGGAAGGAUAGAAUGAAAUUACUUAAACAUACUAUGUAGAUAAAUCACAUGUGUUUUCUAGUGCAUUUUAACUUUCAUUCAAUCUCAUGUUUACAUUUCUGCUCUAUUAUUUGUACUCAUACUUUAAUCUUACAAAAUUCAAAAUUUAAAAAGGGAUAUAAUAUGUAAUAUUAAUCUUAUUCAGUUAUAGGUUUGUAAGUAUUUCACAUGUAUGUAUUUUUAUAAUCAAAUACAGUUACUGUGUAACUAAGUAUUGAGUCUCAAAUUAUCAUCGUAGGUGUAUCUUCUCAUGGACUUUCCCUUUUUCAAAAUUUCAAAUGAGACUAAUAUGCUUUUUAAAAAAAAUUUACGGUAUAUGAGUGACACAGUUUUGUGAAAUUGUGAAAUACAUUUUGUACUAUGAUUCAAGCCAUGUAUACAAAUCAUUGAAUCAUGAAAAAAUUGAUAAUCUUUUGUUUAGAAUACAUAUUGAAAUAAAUUAAACAUAUGAACUUGAA